AUGGCUAUGGGAGACGUUCUUAGUGGGCAUCAGUUCACUGCUGUGGUGCGAGGCUUCAAUAAGAUGAACUUCGGCCACAGCGAUAUUUACCCCUUUCUUGAGUCGUUCGUUCCUCCAAGAUUACCGCGGUUCACACCAAUAGAGCUUUCACAUCUCAUUGGUGGAUAUGUCCACGUGGCUCAUCGUGGCGACGAGGGCUUUUUGAAAACGUGUGCUGACGAUUUAUCGUGUGAUAGAAGGAAGUUGGCGAGCAGCGCGGGUAACGUACAUGGACAGAACGACUGGUAUGCUUGGGAGAAUCUUUUGGUCGCGUACGGAGAUGCAGGCGUGAAGCAUAAGAAGCUCUUCGAGACGGCUGCGCCCAAGCUAUAUGAUAGUGUCCAUCUGUUGAAUGGUAGGGAUUGUGGUCGCAUAUUGGGAGCGCUUAUCAAGUGUGGAUUCGUACAUAAGAAACUUGUGACGCUGAUACGCAAAGCCUUGCCAACCAUCAGCUGCAGUAAGUCCCGUCUACAAUCCGCUGGUGUUAUUAUUGCUCUCAGUGAACAGUAUCGUAAUUGA